GUAAAGAGCCAAACUCUCAUCUCGAGUUCCUUCUCCUGGGCCUGCCCAUCCAGCCAGAGUGCCGGAACCUGUUCUAUGCCCUGUUCCUGGCCAUGUAUCUUACCACCAUCCUGGGGAACCUCCUCAUCAUUGUCCUCAUUCUCCUCGACACCCAUCUCCACACUCCCAUGUAUUUGUUUCUUAGCAAAAAGUUGUCUUUCUCUGACCUCUGCUUUUCCUCUGUGACCAUUCCUGAACUGUUGCAGAACAUUCAGAGUCAAGAUCCAUCCAUCCCCUAUGCAGGCUGCCUGACCAAAAUUCACUUCUUCCUGUUUUUUGGAGGCCUUGGAAACUUCAUCCUUGUGGCCAUGGCCUAUGACCGCUAUGUGGCCAUCUGCUUCUCCCUGCACUACACCAUCAUCAUGAGCCCCAAGCUCUGUCUCUCCCUGGUGGUGUUGUCCUGGGUGGUGACCAUGUUCUAUUCCUUGUUGCACAUCCUGCUCAUUCCCAGAUUGUCCUUCUGUGCAGACAAUGUGAUCCCACACUCUUUCUGUGAAGUAUCUGCCUUGCUCAAGCUGGCCUGCUCUGACACUCAUGUUAAUGAGUUGGUGCUGUUUAUUAUAGCAGGAACUGUUGUUUUCAUCCCAUUCCUACUCAUUCUUGUGUCCCAUGUAUGCAUUGUGUCCUCCAUUCUCAAGGUCUCUUCUGCUCGAGGUAUCCAUAAGGCCUUCUCCACCUGUGGCUCCCACCUCUCUGUGGUGUCACUGUUCUAUGGGACAGUCAUUGAUCUGUACUUAUGUCCAUCGGCUAAGAAAUCCACUGUGAAAGACACUGUCAUGGCUCUGAUGUACAUGGUGGUCACUCCCAUGCUGAACCUCUUCAUCUACAGCCUGAGGAACAGAGACAUAAAGGGAGCCCUAGGAAGAGUCCUUUGUAAGAAGAAAAUUCCCUUCUCUGUGUGA